CAGUUAGUCUCAGCACAGCCGCAACGGAGUGUGCACGCGCCUUCAGAGCUAGAGUUAAAAUUAAAGUUAACGUCCACGUUAAGGAAAACUGAGCCACAUUUGCCAAUCCAACAACCGCCAAAAGCUUCGAAUCCAAAUCCCAACUAGUUUGCAGUGAAUGCGAAAAUUAAUCUCUUCCAAAUUCGAUUCAAAGUUGUGGCGGCGAACGGAAAAAGCGACAAUCACAAAAGAAACAAGUUGAAAAUUGUCAGUUCAAAAUUGUUGAAAGUGAUCGAUAACGAUAACGAAAAUCGAUAUAAUAAGAAAAUCCCGUUAAGCGGAAAUUAAACUUUCUAGAUCAUCGAAAUAAACUGAUCGUGUGACUUUAAUUGAACAUUAGUAUCGAAAUAAUCAAGAAAACCAUCGAACUGAUAUCGAUAUAAUCGAAAAAACCCAAAGUGACACUGAUAACCUUCAAACUAAAUAUAAACCCAACGUAGCCCAAGUGAAGACAACCGAAAACGACACAAAAAACCCAAAAAUAAAACCAAUUGAAUUUCGAUAAGAUCAUCUCUCCCACUCACACUUUCGUUCACCUGGUCAAAAAUGGAUGCGCCCAAGCAGAUGCAGGACUAUUGGCACAUUCCACGCGCCUCGCUGGCCUCAUCCUCGAGCUCGGCCAUCAGUUCGGCCAGCUCCUCGAAGUCCUCGAACAAAUCGCACUCGAAUCCGCCCACCCUCAACCAGCGCAGUUCGCCCAGCAACAGUAGCAAUAUUAACAACAACAAUAAUAAUAAUAAUAAUACAAGUGCUGCUGUUACGGCGGCGGCAGCGGCGGCGGUACUGGCGGCUGCCAAGCGGGGAUCGAGGAGUUCGCAGGGCUCCAGCGACAGUAACAACAGCACACGGAGCGCUGCUUCCGGCUCACUGCUGCUGACGGCAGCGAAUCUGGAACGCUUCGCCGAGAUUCACAAGAAGCAGGAGCGCCACAACAAGAUGCUGAUGCCCAGCAAUCCCUCGUCGUCCAACUACAAUGCCAACCUAACGCUGGCCAGCGCUGGCAAGGAUGCGGUGAUCGCCAUCGAGGGUCAGCAGCCGGCCGAGGUGGAUCCCAAUUUGCAGUAUGUGAAAACCAAAGACCUGGACACCGUAUCCAUCGCCAGCUCCAUGCACUUCACGAUGGUCAACGGCGAGGGUGGUCCGCCCAAGAAACCGAAGCGCGGUCUCUGCGAUCGGGGACGCCAGGUCACCGUGUUGAUAGUGAGCAUGAGCACCAUCUUUAUGCUGCUCAUCAUGGGCAUGGUCUAUGCGCUGGAGAUGCGCGCCCGCGACAUGCCCAAGAGCUAGGACUCGAUUCCUCUGCCUAGCCAAUUAGUUUAUUAUUUAUUGUAUUGUCUUUGUCCCCAUCAUUAUUAUUAUUAUUAUUAUUAAUAUUGUUAUCGUGUCGUCUUGGCGCUAGUUGUGUAAGCUAUUUAUUAAACGAUUGUUUGGAUGGAGAGUCGAGUCAGUCGAAGCUGGGAAAAUUAAUUAGUAUUAAGCGCGCUAUGCUAUGGAGACAGAGAAACAUACAAGGAACUAGAUCUGGAGCGGAUCGGAUAGUCGCCGUCUGGUAUCGGAUAAUGCUGUACUUUCUGGUUAGCAAUUAAGUUAUUUAUCCCUGUGAUAUGUUUAAUAAAGUGAAUUUUGUAAUUGUA